AUGGCGAUUAAAGAGGACGAAGAAGAAAGCAGAAACUCGCCUCAGGGCUUAUCAGUCCAGGAGUCUGAUGAUGCUGAACUACCUGCCAUCUUACCUUACAUCCAAAACUGUAAGUGUUUCAGCCGCUUAAAGGCCAACUCUUGCUCAAAAAUUUUUUUAGAACUGACCUUUUAAAUUCAAUUAAAACAGACUUUCAAACCGAAAUUCAUGUAGAACAUGAAAGAAAGACUAUAAACUCUAUGUUUAACACAAAUUUCUUCUCUUUUAAAGCAAAAAAGCUGUCAGAAAGACACAAUUCAGCCUUAAUGAACAACUUACUAGUUACGAAUUACUUUCCCAACAUUUCUAACUUAAAAUCUAAAUAUUAACCUAAAAUGCAGUGCAAGAAAAGAUUAGCAAGAUGACAGAAGUCAUCACCCAGAAGCAGCAACUUCUGACAGAAACCGCUUCGAAGUUGGAGGCCUCCAACGCUCUGAAUGAUACCAUAAAUAACUUCGAAUGUGAAAUGGGAGAAUAUAUUAACUAUCUGUUGGACAAGAGCCACAUCACCGAUGACGUCGCAGCACCAGAUGAACCAGGCUCAAGUCUGGUUCAGUUCAUGGAGAACGACAAGAAAGAGAACCAGACUCAGCUUCUAUUGGCCGUCAAAAACGGAAAUCUCGAAAAAGUAGGCGACUGAAAAUAUAGCAAUGUCAGAGUAGAGUAACAGCUCAUAAAGCAGGAAAUACAUUAUAAUAACAAAGUAAACCUAACAAGAAAAUUCAGGCAAAUUAAAGUAAAAGUUUCCAGAUACAAGAACUGGGUAAUGAAGAUGUCGAUAAAACUUGGUCCGACGCUUUGUUUUUGGCUUUCCAGAACGGACAUACGGAGGUAAACAAUUAUGACACUAUUCAUACUUUUACAUUCAGAUAGUCGACCACAUCAUUCCGACUCACCAGGCCAAGCUUACAAUAAACUUACAAGAGUACUGUCACUACUUCAGUCAACUCAAAGAUAAGGUAACAAUAUUUGCAGACAAAUCGAUUACUUAAAGAUACGAAUUGAUUGUAUAAACAUCCAAUUCGUCAACACAAAAUACUCGUAAACCCCCGAAACUUGGCACUGAUGCCAGACGAAAACACAGCCGCAAUUAAUAAUAUGAGAAAGUCAUGUCUAAUAUCCCAUUUUCGAAAUGACAUAAUUCUAGGUCAUAAUUUCAGAUUCUGAUAAACAAGUGCCGAGCCGCCCUCAAGGCCGUAAUCAACGCCGAAUUGCCCGACAAUUGA